UUCAUCGCUGUGCAAAAUGGAGUUACGGUUUUGCCCCUAUGUUUCUCUUUAAUUAUAGUUGGUUUGGUUGGUUUCCACGUGGCUCUGUUUGCUUGCUCCACGAAGAGAGAGAUCAAGAAGGAUCGAGAGAGCCAGACAGGUAUAGAAGGAUCGAGAGCAAGCACAGUCGAAAGAGUGCAGGUUUGUUUCUUGAGAAAGCACAGUCGAAACAGAGAGAGAGAGAGAGAGUGGUGAUUCCGUUUUGCUGUGAGGAGGAAGAAGAUCUGCCGUUUACCUUUUGGGGGUAUUGUUCGGUUUUGCUGUGAGAAGGAGGAGGAUCUGCGUUUUGGAUAACUCUGUCGGGUACCUUUUGGGUUAGGGGUAUUGUUUGUGCUUCAGUUUAUUUCAGUGAUUGAUUGGAGGAGGUUCAAGGUGAGGCUUACUCUUGAAGAGCCGAAACAUAAAACAAGAGACUUUGGAAAUCUAAUUUUGAAGGCUCGAUUAUAUGCAAAGAAGUGUGUGUAUUAUUCUUCUGCCGCUGUUCCUCUGUACAUUGUUUGGAAGUAUCUCACCGUCUUAUUGCUAUUCAGAUCUAGAGGACAGCGUGCUGUCAGUCUCUUUUGCUGUUUUGGGUUUAGAUAGAAAUUUUACAGUGAUGGCACCAAAAACUAUGAUGAGAGGAGCAAAAAGAUUGUUAGAACAGUGUGAUGUUGAAAAUCGUCAGAAUCAACAGAAAAUUCAACGAAUCUGCAGUGGUGAGGGCUUUGUUGCAACAAGAACUAGAUGUAAUCGUGUUGAUCAGGUUAAAUCACGUAGAUGGAAAACAGUGUCUUAUCCAGAAAUUGCUGAAGUAUCAAAUAGCGACAACCAAAAUAUCACUGCAGUUGCAAACGAAAAUCCGCAUAUGAUUACAGAAGGUCAGUACUCUCAUCCAUUUGGUCAAGCAUCAUAUCAAAGAAGCAAGCAAGGAUCAAUUGUAAAAUAUGAGGAUUCGGGUGAUAAUGUUCAUGAAUGUGACUAUUGCAAUGCAUCUUUUUGGUUCGGAGAAGCUGUUAAGCAAUCAUCUUCAAAUGAGCCUCUCAUUUAUACAAAAUGUUGCAAAAGAGGUCAAAUCAAAAUUGAGCAGCCAAAACCAACACCAAUUUUUCUUGAAAGAUUAUUAGAUCCAAACAAUGGUUCAGAAAGUAAACUUUUCAGAGAAAAUAUAAGAGUUUACAAUUCGAUGUUCUCUUUUACAUCAAUGGGAGCGAAAAUUGAUUAUAAGAUAAAUAGUGGUUCAGGUCCAUAUGUUUUUAAAAUUAGUGGUCAAGUCCAUCAUUUAAUGGGUUCUGUAUUACCUUCUGAUGGAGAAUGUCCUAAAUAUGCUCAGUUAUACAUAUAUGAUACAAAAAAUGAGAUUUCAAAUCGUAUCAAUGCUAUUGAUCCAGAUCAUGUUAAUCAAAAUAUCAAACCAGAUAUUGUCGAAGGACUUAUUAAAAUGUUUGAUGAGACUAAUGAAUUAGUUAAAGAAUUUCGAAUGAUAAGAGAUAAAUUUGAAAAUCAUUCUCUGCCUUCAUUAAAUAUGAGUAUACUUAAUCGCCAAGCUACUGAUAGUAAGCAAUAUGAAGAACCAACAAGUGAUGAAAUUAGUGGUUUGAUAGUUGGUGAUAUUGGAGAACAUAAUUCAAAUAAAGAUAUUCAGCUGGAAUUAAAAGAGGUUUUGAUUUAG